CCGCUCUCGCCACCGACUCAUCGAUACACCAUGGCGGCGGUCGCUGCUCGCGCUGGAGCUGCUCGCGCCGGGUUCCGGCGGAUGUUCGCCGUCUCUGCCUUCUCUCCCCCGCCUGCACCGGCCGCUCGCCCCACUGCGGAGCCCUGCAACAACCUCUUCGUCUCAGGUUUGAACAAGCGCACGACAACUGACGGACUCAGGGAAGCCUUCUCGAAAUUUGGUCAGGUUACUGAAGCAAGAGUCAUCACUGAUAGAAUAUCAGGAUACUCUAGAGGAUUUGGCUUUGUUAAAUAUGCAACUGUAGAAGAAGCUGGUGAGGGCAUCAAAGGAAUGGAUGGAAAGUUCCUGGAUGGUUGGGUGAUAUUUGCGGAGUACGCCAAGGAGAGACAAGCCCAGCAGCCGCCCCAAUCAGCUGGGACACCAUCAUCUGGAUACCAGUACUCAAGAUAGUUCUCUCGAUCACAAAUUGCGUGUCCUCAAUUUAUGCUACCAAUUGGAAGUCACUUUCCAAUAAAUUGUUGAGGAAGAGAUAAAAUUAAAAUAUAUUGUGUCGUGUCGCUUGAACUAUUCCACUACUAGUUACAGAAGUGUGGUCACUUGUGUACUUUGCUGUUGCCUGCUGGGUACUGCUACCUUGUGUAACAUCCGGCACUAACUAUAAUUUAAAUUUAGUUGCAGAUAUGUUCAGUGCGUUGUUGAGUUGCAUUCAGGCUUUGUACCAUUUGUAGAGAAGACCUGCAUGUACCUGUUGUCUGUGCAGCCGUGUGGUUGGACUUAGAAGAUAAAUAGCUUUCCAAAACAUAUACUGCAUUUGGGAACGGUUGACGACUUGUCAUAUAUCAUGGCUCGUCGUAGGUGGCAACAUGGAAGAAGUAUGUAUCUCUGAUGUAAAGUUAGCUGUUGUGCAGGGGUUCUAUGGUUCGUAUACGAAGGUUGUUGUACCUAAUAAACUUAGACAUAUAUGUGUUUUGACUA